GGGGUGCUGCACUAGGAACCCCACCUCCGGGAGAAAGGCACCACGAGGUCAUCUGUUUACUCUGGGAUUAGCGGCUCCCCGCGGGAGUUCUUUUCCUACGAGAUGAAAAGAAAGCGGACAAUCUGUCAGGUAAACAGGCCGCAUUGUUCCCAGCCAUGUCGGGGGCCCCUUUGUGGGCCGGGCCUUUGAGAUCGGUUGCUCCCUUGCACAGGGAGAGAGCUUACUUAAAGGGAAUGGAACGGAAUGGGAGGCCCCAGCUGGUGGGCAGGUCGCCUGCUGCUGAUACAGGGAGGGACAGAGGGCUUGGACAAUUCCGGCUUUUCCUUAGCUGCUCUCCUUGCAAGCCCCUUCCUCCCCAUGGGUCUCUUGAUGAGUCCAACAAGACAGGCACGGAGCCCGAUCUCACAGAUGGGGAAGCUGAGGCCAGCGGCAGCUUCCCCCCCCCGCACAGAAGAGAGCUCCUGGCAUUCCAGCAGCGGGUGGCUGGAAGAAAACCAGGGACCUGGUCUAACCACCUCACUCUUCAGAUGGGGAAUAGCUGGAGACACAGGAAUUGGCAGAGCACGAUUUCUGCACUGGAGGCUUCCCCAUGUAUCCCUGCUGGGUAGCGGGGAACUUGGGAGCCACGACCAUCCCCACCAGUGGGCUGUCAGUUUUAUGGAUUCCCAGAAUAUUUAACAGCUGAGUGGAUGGGACUGGUCAAGGCCGGCCUGUUUCCUCCCACAUCUACCCAUAAGGUAUCUUCCUGGGAAGCAGGGAAGACAGUGCAAGCCCCGCCCCGCAACUUGUUGGCGACAGAGCCGGAAGCGUGGAAAAAUCUCAUGCUGCUCCCAAAGUCCAGGGAGAGCUCAAAGCAGGCUGCGUGGAAAAAGGCCCAGAGCUGUGGCCAGAGAGAGGAGUAG